GAUGGAUAUCAAAAAUAAACCGCGUAUGUUUUAAGAAGGGCAAGACUGUAUAAAUACCGCAGCCACGACCAGCCAUCGCAAAUACUGUGGGCUGUAAGGGUGGACUUUAGGUUCCAACUUUCCUUUGACUUAACUGCUACAGCCUCUCUUUGAAACUUUGUUGCAAUUCUUCUAACAGUUAAGAAUACUCAUAUUUUUGUUGGAGUAGUAAGUACUAGUCUACUUACAAACCGAAACUGUUCAUUCCCAAAUACGCAGCCCUUGUGUAGUCCUAGAGACUACAUAUUACCCAGACCGGAUUUAUUUUCCGUAUAAGGUUUUGAAGUGCUUUUCAGCUGAAGCAGUGUACCUAUUAUAAAUAAUAACAUGGGCUGUUAUUUGCAUAUAGUCGUCUUCGCGUUAUCGUUAUCUCGUGUUGCGCUUGGAGAGGUGGUGGAGUCGGAAGAGAUUAUACCUGUCAGACUGAAUAUCAGAAAUACUGAUCAACGUUGGACUUCUUCUGGACGGAGUGUGGAACGGAUUAGCUUAUUAUUAAACGCAUUUGGUCACAAAUUCACUCUUCUUUUAACUCCGGACAGUAACUUUGUAGCACCAACAUUAGAUAUCCAACGCGUCAACUCAAAGCAUCUUUCUGCCCUGCUAAAUGGCACCAACCCAGAGAAGAUUUUCGAAGCUGACACCGAUUCUGUGGAGACGGGACAGGACUUUAUUGGUUGUUUUUACUCGGGAACCGUUAACAACAACCAAGAAUCUGUGGUGGCCGUGAGUUUGUGCCAUGGUAUCCAAGGAUCAUUUGUGACUAAUGGUGAUGAAUACUUCAUUCAACCCAAGCAGCAUGGUGAUGAUACCAACCAAGGGACUCUAACGCAGGUGCACAUCAUCAAAAGGAGAGUUUUCCCCGUCGCAACACACGUUUUAAAAGCCGUGUUUGACCAAACUGGAGAUGCUAUACCGCCUAUAUCACACAGGUACACUUCGCCUCAGGGAGACAUGGAUGCCAAGACCAUUCAACGACAGAAACGUUUUGUAUCGUCUGCCAGGUACAUCGAAACCCUUGUGGUAGCUGACUCGACUAUGACGAGUUUCUACGGGGAUGAAAUCAAGCACUACCUGCUGACCAUCAUGGCGAUGGCGGCCCAGAUCUACAGCCACCCGAGCCUGAAGAACGCUGUGAGCCUGGUGGUGGUGCGCAUGCUGCUGGUGGAGGACGAGGCCGAGGGGCCCGACGUCUCGCGCAACGGCGGCGUCUCCCUGCGCAACUUCUGCAACUGGCAGCAGCUGUUCAACCCCGCCAGCCAGAGGCACCCGCAGCACUACGACACCGCCAUCCUCUUCACACGAAUGGAUAUUUGCGGAACCCAGUGUGACACCCUUGGUGUAGCAGACGUCGGCACCAUGUGUGACCCGAAAAGAAGCUGCUCGGUGAUCGAGGACAAUGGCCUUCAGGCAGCCUUCACAGUGGCCCACGAGCUCGGGCACGUGCUCAGCAUGCCGCAUGACGAUUCCAGGAACUGUGAGAAGUGGUUUGGGCAGCUGGACGGACACCACAUGAUGGCACCAAAGUUUGUCCACCUCAACAAGACUUUCCCAUGGUCACCUUGCAGCGCUCAAUACAUCACCGAAUUCUUUGACAAUGGCCAUGGUGACUGUUUGCUGGAUCCGCCAGAGCAGACAAUCCCCUUGCCGGCAGAGCCCCCGGGCCAUGUGUACAGUCUGGACCGCCAGUGUCAGCAGGUCUUUGGCGAGGACUUUGGCCACUGCCCAGACGCCCAAGAGGUCUGCACGCAGCUGUGGUGCCGGGAGGAGGGUCAGAUGCAGUGCACCACCCGCAACGGCAGCCUCCCCUGGGCCGACGGCACGCCGUGCCGGGAGGCCGGACUCUGCCUGCGCGGCGCCUGCGUCAACAGCACAGAGGAAAGGCUAGAGGUGCCGGUGGAUGGAGGCUGGGGCGAGUGGGGCGUGUGGGGUCCCUGCUCCCGUAGCUGUGGCGGUGGGGUGCAGUUCUCCCGGCGCGAGUGCACUGAUCCAGAGCCUCAGCACGGAGGGGCCUACUGCAUGGGCCAGAGAGUCAAAUACCAAUCCUGCAAUAUCCAGACCUGCCAGGGGGAGAACGGGAAAAGUUUCAGGGAGGAACAGUGCGAGAGGUAUAACACCAACCGGUAUUUGGACGUGCACGGGAACAUCAAGCAGUGGAUUCCAAAAUAUGCUGGCGUCUCCCCGCGCGACAGAUGUAAGCUCUUCUGCAGAACCAAGGGGAGCAGCGAAUUCAAAGUCUUCGAAGCAAAGGUCAUCGAUGGCACCACGUGUGGUCCAGACACCACAUCCAUCUGUGUCCAGGGCCAGUGCAUCAAGGCUGGCUGUGACCAGCUCAUUGGCUCCAAUCAGAGGUUUGACAAGUGCGGCGUCUGCGGUGGUGAUAGUUCCACCUGCCGAAAAAUCUCUGGAUCGCUGAAUAAAGCUACGUUCGGCUACAACGACAUCGUCACCAUACCCGCCGGUGCCACCAACAUCGACAUCAAGCAGCGCAGCCACCGCGGCAUCAAGCACGACGGCAACUACCUGGCCAUGAAGCGCGGCGACGGCCAGUACAUCCUGAACGGCAACUUCUCCGUGUCCACGGCGGAGCAAUUCAUCCCUGUGCCGGGGGCCACGCUGCGCUACAGUGGCUCCUCCACCACACUGGAGAGGAUCCUGAGCUUCCAGAAGCUGCAGCUGGCCGUCACGGCACAGGUCCUGUCCACGGCGGGCGACGAGUCCCCUCCCCGGAUCAAGUACACCUUCUUCCUCCCCAGGGACGUCCCCUUCGCCAAGCCCAGCGGUGGCAUGGAUCGGGUGUCGCCGCAUGCCCUGCUGCCAUUCGGGGGCGAUGAGUGGGUGCUGGGCGAGUGGUCCGAGUGCUCCAAGACCUGCGGCUCCGGCUGGUCCCGACGGAGCGUGGAGUGCAAGGACGGGGCCGGAUCGCCGUCCUACUUCUGCGACAUGGACCUGCGACCUGCGGACAUCCGGCCCUGCGGUGACUUGCCGUGCCCCGUGUGGCAGAUGGGCCCGUGGUCAGCCUGCUCGCGGACGUGCGGGCCCGGGGAGCGCCGCCGAAGCGUCCUCUGCUUGGACUAUACCGGCAAGCCGGUGGAGCCGGAGAAGUGUAACCAGGACAAGAGGCCCCAGGCCGUGUCAGGAGAGUGCUUCUACCAGGACUGCUGAGGCCGCAUGUGGGACUAUGUGUGUGUGUGCAAUUAUGAGUGUGCUAGAGUGCGAGAGGGAGAGAAGGAGAGAUAGAGUGGAUUGGUGUGUCAAAUAGCUAAUAACAGUGAGCGACUAUUUCUCCUCUCCUUCCAACUUCCUGACUGCGCUGUACAGAUGAGCAGGGAAAGCAUAG